GUUAUUGCGGCUGGCCACGUCACCCGUCAGCUACCGGGGUGGACAGAGAGCGCAUAUUCAUGGCGGCCCCAUGGUGGUGGUGGCCUUGCCCAGGACCAGAUGGGAGGGAGAGGAGAGGAGACUAGGACCGGUCCGAGCGUGACGUGUCUCUUCCUUUCCUUCCUCGGUUCAAAGUCUCGCGCUUUUCUCCGGUCUCCAGUCAAACAAGCUCCGGAUUUUUUUUUCAUAAUUCCCGUCCCGGCCAUGGACAGUGCUUGCUUGGGUCCGCUGGCCCUAUAAAACCCUCCUCCUCCUCCUCCCGCUGUCACCACCAAGGGAACUCAUCAUCAUCAGUUCACCGCAAGAACGAAUCCCCGCCAGCCACUAAUCGGCCAGCUAGACUUGGUGUGCCGGGCAUGGAGGGCGAGACGACGCUGGCGACGGAGCUGGACGGGCUGCUGGCCAUGGCGAGGGAGCUGGAGGCGCGGGUGGACGGCGACCAGGGUGCGCCGGGCGCCGCCAGGGAGCUCUGCGCCGAGCUGGCCGCGUCCGUCCACCGGGCCGUGCGCCUCGCCGGGAGCGAAGGCAAUGCCGGCGGCAGGGCGAGCGUGAACGGGCGGCUCAGGAGCGGCAGGAAGGCGGCGGCGGCGGCGAGGGCGCAGGUCAGGGUGGCGUCGAUGCAGGACCUCGGGCCGCUCGACGACGGGCUCAGCUGGCGCAAGUACGGCCAGAAGGACAUCCUGGGCGCACCGUACCCGCGGGCCUACUUCCGGUGCACGCACCGCCACUCGCAGGGCUGCCAGGCCACCAAGCAGGUGCAGCGCGCCGCCGCCGACCCGCUGCUCUUCGACGUCGUCUACCACGGCGCGCACACCUGCGCCCAGGCCACCGCGCUCCUCGCCGGCACGGAGCAGCAGCCGCCUGCUCCCUUCGGCCAGGAGCAGCAGAGCUCGCCGGCUGCGGCGCCGGAAGGGAUGCAGUGGCCGGAAGAGCCCUUCACGCCGCCCUCGUUCCCCUCCUCGCCGGCCGGCUGCUACACGCCGGGGAACUCCUGGUGCCAGCUUGCCGGCAACUACGGCUACGCUGCCGGCGGCGGCCUCGGGGCUGACAUGGAGUUCGACGAGCUGUUCUGGAAUAUGUAGUUUUUCUAACCGGAGUUUCAGAAGACUGUAGGCGCCGCGUCCACUAUCGUACUGUAUUCCCACUAGUAGUACUUAGAUUCAGACUCGUGAUCAUUUAUCACAAUGGGAGCUAUAUCUAGAGUAGAUAUAGUACCAUCAGUCCAUCACUACUAGUAGUGGUAAUAAUACACUGGCCACUGCAAGAACA